AUGCCAACAGGUGUUCCUAAUGAAAUACCUAAAGGAUAUGUGCCAGUUAAAUCUAACUCUCAUCAUAAAAUUGUUCGAUGCGCUACAAAAAAUGCAGAAGGGAAGCAAUGUCUACAUCAAUUUUAUUUAGAAUCCUACAAUGAUAAUAAAUUAAUAGCAGACCACACUUGCUAUUAUACAAAACUUAUCGAUUUUGAUAAAGUUCUCACUUCAAAAGAGAAGGUUCUUCAAGCUAUUGAGAUUUUUAUUGGUUGUAACAAAAUUUCCUUUAAUGCUAUAUCUUCUGAUUCAUUCCGUGAUCUUGUGGAAAUCAUUCUUGAAGUAGGAAUGACAUUGAAGAAGAAGGAUCAAAUUAAUGAUAUAAUCAAGUCUAUAAACCGAGCUCAACUUACAGAAAAAUUUUUGCAAGAUUCCAAAGAAGCAGCCAAAAAAAGUCUAUCAGAUUACUUCGACCAUACUGUAUCCCUCUUAAUUGAUGCUGGAACUGCAUGUGGUAGGCCGACUCUUGACUUAAUGAUUUAUAACCCAUCGGUACAUGAUGGUUAUCCUUUUCCGUUGGAUAUCAAGACCGGCUUUGACGGAACAACAGAUUCUUAUGAUCGUGCCAUUCGUGAUGCUCUGGCAAUGUUGGCCUCAAAUGGAAUAAAACUUGGAACCGUUGUAACUGACAACUUGCUUGCUCAAGUCCUUGCAU